CGCAUAUGAAGAUACCCCUAUCUAUGCUGGAAGUCUACGACGCGGAAGCGAGAGGCGCUGCCCAAGCAAUGAAAUUGGCCUUACGCAUCAUCCGGGACAGCCCCUCAGUACGAGAAGCAUACUUCUUCCUUGACCACUCAGCAGUGGUCGACGGCCUAUUAGGAACCCCACCGGAAUCCUCCCAAGAAGAAUACAUUGCUUUCCAGAAGGGAGCCAAAGCAGCAUACCCCAUCAGGAUCACAGUAGCGUGGGUCCCCGGACACAAAGAUGUACCAGGCAACGAAGCAGAGGGAUGGAACCAGACUGACGGCACACAAAACACACCUCAGCACCAUAACACAUAUCAACAGAUGGGCCAAAUAGAUCGGAAAGAACCUCUGGGAGAGGCACUGGUACAACUCCAUGCCCGAGGGCUACAAGAGAUGGCGUUUAAGGACACACAACGUGCCCGGACGAACUCAGCCUCAACAGAGGCCUCCUACAUCACCUGUACGCGGAAGGGUCCGGCCAUGGGGACUUCCAAAGCUACCACGACAGGUUCAACCACGAAACGGAAAUCAAAUGCAAGUGCGGAGAAACAAGAGACCCGGACACCUAGCAAAGUGCAGACUCACGGCCCACCUCCUCCCAGAAAUGCCAGUAGGCACUACUUUCUUCUCAGAAGGGACGGCCACAAAAGAUUCCAAAAAUUCGUCGAAGAGGCGGACCCUUACGGACCACCUACGACAACCCAAGAUUGAUUUAGAACAAUCCCCUCCUUUGUAAUUCCUAAAUAUAGCGAACGAAGGACUAGCUUGCGGCUCCUACCGUCCUAUUGCCCAUCGCGGAUUAAUGUAUCUAGAUACUUAGUGG